GCUCAUGUUGGUACAUCCAUCGCAUCACAUUCGUAAUGACGGCCAGUAUGGCGGCUAUUACCUCCGUUUCACACGUGUAGCUUGGUGAAGCGGCGAAACGAUGGAGUACGCGACAGGCGAGGCUGCCUCCGACGGGCAGUGCAAGAUCCUGUGCUGCACGUGCGGCGUGCCCGUCGAGCCGAACCCGUCCAACAUGUGCGUGGCGUGCCUGCGCCAAGAGGUGGACAUCAGCGAAGGCAUCCCCAAACAGGGCACGCUCUACUUCUGCCGCGGCUGCGAGCGGUACCUGCAGCCCCCGGCCCACUGGGUCCACGCCAGCCUCGAGUCCCGGGAGCUGCUCGCCCUGCUCCUCAAGAAGAUCAAAGGCCUGAACCGCGUCAGGUUGGUGGACGCCGGCUUCGAGUGGACCGAACCCCACUCGCGUCGUAUCCGCGUUAGGCUCACCGUGCAGAAGGAGGUGGCGGGCGGCACGAUCCUCCAGCAGGUCUUCGUGGUCGAGUUUGCGGUGAACCACCAGAUGUGUGACAAGUGCCACCGGCGCGAAGCCAAGGACUUCUGGCGCGCCCUGGUGCAGGUCCGCCAGAAGGUCCAGCACAAGAAGACCUUCCUCUACUUAGAGCAGCUGAUGCUCAAGCACCAGGCCCACAAGGACUGCCUGAACAUCAAGGCGUGCCACGACGGCCUCGACUUUUACUUUUCCAAGAAGGACGAGGCGCGCAAGCUGGUCGACUUCCUGCAGACUAUGGUGCCGUGCCGCUACGUCAUGUCGCAGCAGCUCAUAUCGCACGACGUGCACAGCAACGUGUUCAACUACAAGAACACCUUCUCGGUGGAGAUCGCGCCCGUCUGCAAGGACGACGUGGUGUGCCUGCCGCCGGCGGUGGCGCGCUCGCUGGGCAGCAUGAGCCAGAUCUGCGUCUGCCUCCGCGUCACCAGCUCCAUCCACCUGAUGGACCCGAGCACCCUACAGGUGUCCGAGCUCAGCGCUCAGCAGUUCUGGCGUAACCCGUUCCAGGGUCUCUGCGCGCCCAAGCAGCUCACCGAGUACAUCGUCAUGGACGUGAGCCACGUCAAGGACGUCGACCGGACUUUCUUUGCGGGGCAGGGCAAGCUGUCGUUCCGGCACGUCCUCGCGGACGCCUGGGUGAUCCGCGCGUGCGACCUGGGCACGCACGAGAACUACACGCACUGCCGCACCCACCUGGGACACCUGCUCAAGCCGGGAGACUCGGUGUUGGGCUUCGACUUGGCCAACGCCAACAUCAACGACGCGCACUUCGAGAAGCUCAAGGCGGACAAGCGUCCAGAGGUGGUCCUGGUGAAGAAGGUGUUUGGGGACCGGAUGUCACGCAGUCAGAAGCGGCGCUGGAAGCUCAAGCGUCUGCAGCUGGACAUGGAGACCGAGACGAGCAGCGUGGCCCGCGACUACACAGAGUUCCUGGAGGAGCUCGAGGAGGAUGCCGUCUACCGGCAGAACGUCAAUGUCUACCUGGACAGGGAGAAGCUCGCCGUGGACACCGAUGACGAAGACGGCGAGUUGCCUAAGAUCACGCUGCAGGAGAUGCUGGAUGACCUGUGCCUCGAAGAUGACCCGAUGGGAGACGGCCCAGAAGAACCUGUCGCGUAAUGACGGGAGCCCCGCAUUGGCAUCGGGUCUGUGAAUAAAUGGGAUUUUGACGGCA